GGAAAAAUACAAUCAAAAAUAAAUAAGAAGAGUGCAGUCACAAAAAUCCAUAUCAAAAGACUCAUCAAUCAUAUCCAUCACAAACUCGAACCGUUUGUAGCACCCUCAAUCAUAUAAGAAACAAGUUACACAAUGACAGACGCGGGUCUACCAGCAGGAUGGGAAGUCCGCACUUCGAAAUCUAAAAACAUUCCCUACUAUUUCAACGAAGCUCAGACGAUAUCAAGCUGGGAGCCUCCUGCAAACACUGAUACCGAAAAGCUGAAGGCAUAUAUGGCCGAGCAUUACAGCGCCUCGGAGAUUGGAGACAAUGCCAAUGGCCAGGAAGAUCAACAAGGAAAGAUUAGAGCCAGUCAUUUGUUGGUGAAGCAUAAGGGCAGCAGGAGGCCGAGCAGUUGGCGCGAGGCCGAAAUUACACGCACAAAGGACGAGGCGAUGAGCAUUAUUCUUCAGCAUGAAGCUCAUAUUCGUUCUGGAACAACAUCAUUGGGCGACCUUGCCGUUAGCGAAUCCGAUUGCAGCUCUGCCCGCAAGAUGGGUGAUCUUGGGUUCUUCGGACGUGGAGAUAUGCAGAAAGAAUUUGAGGAAGCAGCUUUUGCCUUAAAGCCAGGUGAAGUGAGUCAUGUGGUUGAAACUGCUUCUGGGCUGCAUUUGAUUGAAAGACUUGCGUAAUGGACAGAUGGAAAGAACAUUUAAAAUCUAAAUGAUUCACAGGAGUUGUUGUUUAGCUAGGCAAACUGAAACCAAUCAGAAAUACCAUUUGCGCCAGCACUUUUCAAUUUUCAAUUUUCAAUUAUGAAUCAACAAAUGGAAAUAAUAAAGAUUCUACGGCGUCCUUGACAAUUCAAUACAGACUUCAUUGCCAACUAACCCAAAUGGUCUCCGGCAAUUCAACAUUCUAAUACAGACAACUGCAAUCAAAUCGCUUUCAGACUUCACAAUACAUUUGAAAUUUCACUUCAGGGUCCAUUACUAAAGUCGUUUCAAACAAAAAAUAUAGGCCA